GUUAAAUCAAAUUUCAACAUUACUCAAUUUGGAAUCUUUAUCUGAAAUUCAUGAUUAUUGGGGAAGUGUAACUAAGGCAACAAGUCCAAUUACGUGGAGGAUUGAUUUUAAUGCCGAAGAAGUUUCCGCAUUAAAACUUUAA